AUGACUCGACUGAAAUUGUCUAUAAUAUUUUUAUUGAUAUUAUUAAUAAUAAAAGAUGUUUCAGCCAAACAAAAGUGAGUUUCUUUUCGGCUUUCAAACUGGUUUCGUCGUGAAAAAAAGAGAUUAGAUUUUAUAAGCUGUCAAAAAGCGAAAGAAAAAAGUUUAAAAAUCCGGUUUCAGAAAAUUCACUGUUUGGCGAUUGCAACCCACUGAGAAAGAGCAGAUUGAGUUUUUACAAACUAUGCAUAUGAAUGAUGUUAAGGUAAGUUCAGCAAAAAUGAAAACGACCUCGAACACGCUUUCCCUUCCCUCACUUUCACAUUCAUACAUAAAAAGAAAAUUGUAAUAAAUACAUGGACAAAAUUAAUCAUAAGCUUAGCUAGAUUAGCCAAACAGGUUAGACUUGCAACAAAAACUAUUUUGUACAUAAAUAGAAACAUUUUUUUUUCUUCCAGCUCGAUUUUUGGAAAUCGCCAUCUGAGAUCGGAAAAGAGGUGCACGUUAUGUUGUCGGAUGAGAAAAGCGAAGAUUUCUUGAAACAACUCGAUGAUCAUUCAAUUAAUCAUUCGGUUAUGAUUGAUGAUGUACAAAAGUGAGUGAGGGAAUAUUUGAUUGAAUAAAUUAAUGAAUAAAAUGAGGGAAAGUGGAACUGUCGGUCGGGAAAAAAGGGAGAGAAGAAAAAUAGAUUGUUUGGAUAGGUUGAAUCAUUGAUAAGAUCAAGUUAGAUCAGGAUUUUUAAAGACCAGCUGUACUUUUCUAAUCAAUGUAAUCGUGAAGAUGAAAAACUGUCACUGAAAGAGUUUCAGGCUCUGAGGCAAUUAGAAUCUGGAGCAAAUUCAACCAAAUAAAGUUAUGACGUUCAGGAUAGUACAAGUCAGAGGCUUUGCGGGUGGUCUUCCUUAACUGGAAAAAAAUAUUUAUAACAUAGGGAUCACCAACCCUUAAGUUAAGGUUGCCGGGGGAGACCCCCGGCGACCCCCCUAGACAAUUUUUUCCAUGGCCGGGGGAGACCCCCGGCACCCCCUCAAAACACAUCUGUUCAAAAAUAAAAUGUUUGUUCAGAGUGAUCGUCGAGCAAAAAGAGAAACGCGACAAACUUCGAAAACAAGUUCGACUUCGCGAUUGGCGGGAAGAAAAAGUGAGCAGAGCAUGA